CACCGUAACUAAGGAUGCCAGGGCUUAUUCGAUAGUUUGUCAUCCGAGCUGAUUGUAAAUAAAACAGUUUAAUUCGGUAAUGGGGGUUGAUUAUUAUGAUAUUCUGGGCCUUACCAGAAGUGCUACAGAUGCUGACAUAAAGAAAUUCUACCGAAAAUUAUCAUUAAAAUAUCAUCCUGAUAAGAAUCAGGGAGAUCAGAAUGCAGCUGAUAAAUUUAUGCAAGUUGCUGAAGCAUAUGAUGUCCUCUCAGACCCUCGCAAACGUGCAGUCUACGAUCAAUUUGGGGAGGAGGGCUUGAAGCAUGGUGUACCUGCUGGUAGUGGUCAUGCAGGAGCUUGGACAUAUGGCUAUGUCUUCCAUGGAAACCCAGAAAAGGUUUUUAGAGAAUUUUUUGGAGGUGACAACCCCUUCCAAGAGUUUCACGACCGUAUAGAUGGAGACCUAAGCAUGGGAUUUGGAGGCUUACAUGGAAGAGGAGCCAAAAAACAAGAUCCACCCAUUGAGAGAGACUUGUUUCUUAGUCUAGAAGAAGUUUACCAUGGCUGCACAAAGAAGAUGAAAAUUUCAAGAAGGGUGAUGAAUGAAGAUGGACACACUUCAAGUAUUCGUGACAAAAUUCUUACAAUCACAGUGAAAAAGGGAUGGAGGCCAGGCACAAAAAUAACAUUUCCUCAAGAAGGUGAUCAGGGUCCAAAUAAUGUACCAGCGGAUAUUGUAUUUAUUGUCAAAGACAAGCCUCACCCAAGGUUCAGACGUGAUGGUGCCAAUUUGAUCCACAGAGCCCGUGUCCCUCUUGGUAGAGCUCUUACAGGGUGUACAGUUGAAAUUCACACACUGGAUGAAAGGACUCUCCAUAUUCCAAUCAAUGACAUCAUCAGACCUGGUUAUACAAAAGUUGUGCCAGGAGAAGGCAUGCCACUUGUGGUAGCACCCUGUGACAAGGGAGAUCUCAUUAUUGAAUUUGACAUUGAGUUCCCACCUUCCCUACCACCUGAGAAAAAAGAACAUGUUCGAAAAGCUUUAAUAAAUUAAGGAGACCUCCUUGCUAUCAAUGUUUUAAUCCUUUAAAAAGUAAUGUUUUCAAUUCUAGAAAGAACAACACUGAAAGGCUUGAUACCAUCCAUUGUAAACCAGUAUGCCUAUAUUUUAAUAGUAUUGUUUGAACAUUAUUGAAUUAUCUUCGUUAUAAUCAAUUAAAUUCAAGUUUUUUGACUAUCAUGAACUAAAUAUACCUUUUGUCAAUUACUCAUGUGAUGUGCAUUCCUUGCUGAUGAAUAAACUGUUGUAAUUUUUUAAAA